GGUGGCGCUUAAUUCGCACCGGUAAAAUGUUUGGUAGCUGUUGUUACGGUAAACUUGAGUGAUUUCGAGCAUGACACACGUGUUGGCACUUGUCAAUACCAUACACGCCGUCUGACAAGCUGCCGGUAUCUGCACAUUUCGGAAGUCGUACGUAUUAGUUACUCUUCCUGAUAAGAAGUCCAGCAUCCUCCAUCCAGAUGAGAUCAGGAGGAAGGAAAGGGAAGUCCAAGGCAACACUGCCUACCCACAAUGUCAGUAAACCUGCCACGUCGGCCAUUGGAAAAUCGGGCCGCUCCUUCCCUCUCUCACCGUACAUGGUACUGAUGUCAUUGCUGUUCUGGACGUUCAUCGCCUACUUGUCUUUCAAAGGUUUUCAAUACCUCGCUGUACACCGCACCAUCAACGACGAUGACCUGGAUGGCUUUUGCGAUGCCGUGUUCAGUAAAACAUAUUCCGAAAACGUUAAGUUUGUCAAUUCAUACCCUAAAGGAGAGGCAGGGCCGUAUAUCAGUCGAAUCGGCUCCCAAAAAUAUGCAGACACCUUUCAAGGGGAGGAGGCUUUAAAGGAGCUGACGAAUAUCCCACCUAUUGUGACAGCUAUUACGUCACAUGACUUCUGGAUAUUCCAGGGCCUUAUCAAGCAGAUCUCGGAGGGAAAUAAGAAGGGUAUGGACCUACACCUGGUUGUUUUUGAUAUCGGACUGUAUGCCUCGGAGCUCGACCUGAUGAAGAAACAAUGUAAUUGUGAUGUGAGGAAGUUUGAUGUCAGUGUUUACCCACUACAUGUAGCGGAUAUCAACAACAAAGCCUACCGCCCUAUCAUAAUCCAGUUGAUGCUGGAAGAAUUUGGUUCUGCCAUCUGGAUGGAUCCGGACACCCGUCUGCAGUCCGUGUCCGACCUGACUAUGUUGAAGUACCGCGGAGCUCGUAACUUCUUUCUGUGGGAGACCAGUGUAUUCACCGGCCUCAUUAGUUACACCAGUCCGGAAAUGUUUAAAUUUCUGGAUGAGAGGAGAUGUGCGUUCAUUGACUAUGGUAUGAUGGACACGAAGACAAUGGUGUUUUACCGUACAAACCAAACUUGGACGGGGGUGAUGAAACCAUGGUUGAAAUGUGCCUUAAAUAAAGAAUGUAUCUCCCCACCCAAUGCUCGGAACAGCGAGUGUUUUCAUUACAGAAGGCCGAAAUGGACAGGCUGCCAUUGGUACGACCAAUCAGCAUUUAGCAUCAUCGUGAAUCGUGUGUUCCAGUUUAGUACUCAUCCAGACCAGUAUUCAGUUCCGCGGUUCACAUGGCACAAAGAUGUAGAGGUUGUGUAUUACUUCCCUGAGCAACCCUGGUCUUACAAACAGCUGGUAGCCAUGGCAUUAUCGCCAUUUAUAUGCUGUGGAAUAAUCUGGUUUUUGUAUUUGAAAAGAAAGCGGGGAUCCGACCCUCUUCUGCCAAAUAAGUCUUAUUAUAACAAGCGGUAACAUAACCGAGGUGGUAUUAUAACUUUACAUGUUGUAUGAUAUUGAUUGAUAUACCUUAGGUUGCUAUCAACGAAUCACUGCUGGGGGUACAGGCAUAUGGUACGAUGUAUUGGAAGGCCUUAAAAGGUAUCAGGAGGGACCAAUAUUGGGGUAUAUAACUGUAUAUAUUGUAACUUUGCAGGGCUCAAAGUGGCGCCUAUUUUAAUGGCCAUGACGCCUUAAAUUCACCAUUGGCGACCAGUUAUUGACCUAUAAGGCACCUGCAUGGCUACUGAAAAAUGGUGUAAAUUUGAAAUUUGGAUAACCUAUCAAAGGUUUCAGUCAAUUCUAAAAUGACAUUCACAAUUGAAAAAGUUACAGAGAGAUGUUACACUGAACUAAAGAAUUAAAAAAAAAAUUUAAAUGUAAGACAACUUGGCCAGGCGACUAACUUUUCCAAUUGGUGCCUAGAUUUUCUGACUUGAUAGUCGAAUAGGCCACUUGUUUAAAAUAUCCACUUUGAGCCCUGCUUUGGUAAAUACUAGCUACAAUAUAACGCCGGGUGACAGAAAAUCUCUCUUUAGUGCGAUCAGUUGAGCGUGAGACUAAUAAUCCAGAGGUCUUGGGUUUGAUCCCAGCUAGUGGAGUCUGCAUGAUCUAAAUUAAAUUAAUCGUGCAAUAUGUUACGAUGGCUUCCAUGUAGGCCGGACCAGGGAAAAAUACUCUAUGAAAAGUUCUUUCCUGGAGGGGGAGUGUGUAACUUUAGGAUAUACUAGCAGCAAUAUAUCACUCAGCUUGAACCGUUGAGGAUAAGACAAAAAAAUCUAUAAAGCUAGAAGUCCUGGGUUCGAUCAGGAGGCAGUUAUUUGAAUUUAAUUAAUUAAUCAUGUGCUCUGUUACAAUAUACAUGUAAUAUCUUUGGUAUCUAUUUUUCCCUUAAAGAGUUCCCUCCCCUUAAGAGUAAAAGUUUAGUAUUAAAGUUUCGGAAAGGCAUAUUUGUGAACCACAUUCAGGGAUUUUUCUGAGGGCUUUUAUGGCCCAUUAAUGAGCCCUAUUUCCAAUCAAAAUCAUUUCAUAUUUAGGCCAAAUUCCCAACAUUUGCAGUUCACCCAAGAAAAAAUCGUUCCUAAUUCAUCAAUUUUAUUCUCAAAAUGAAACAAAAAGGCCCCAUCCCAAACCAGUUAGAAAAAGCUAUGAAUUUCAAAAUUGAUAAGUUUGAAGAAAAAUUAAGAAGGGGCCUAUUUGUGGGAUGUGGUUUAUUAGAGGGUACAGAUAUAUAUAAUUAUAUAGAUGUAUGAUUGCCCCUCCCCUAUACUCAAUAUGACCCUAUCCAUCCUACCAUAUGCCUGGAGGGCAGCUAGGGGCAGAUACAUGCAGACACCAAGUUUGGGUCACUUGUUUGACCUGUGCAUACUGGUUUUCCCCUAUUUUGAGCAAUGUAUGCAUCUUGAAAUCAACUGGGCCAACAUUUUAGGGUGAUCAAACUUGGUUUUUGUAAAAUAAAUAAGGAAUGAUUUUUAAAUGGUCAAAAGUUUAAAUGUUAAUAAGGUGGCCUAGGAAGGACGGAAGAAUGAAGGAAUGAGAGAGCAUAUUUAAUCUGUGAUACAUUCUGGGAAUUAUCAUAUUUACAUAUCUAUACAUAUAUAUAUUGUGAUCAUAUGUAAAUAUAAUAUAUAUACUUCAAUCCAUGAUUAAGCAUACAUUUUUAUUUAAAGAGUACAUAAACAUCAUUUCAUUUGUGUUAAAUACAUACAGACAAAACAGCGACAAGCAAGCUAUUUAUUUUUAUAGCUCAUUAGCAUAUUUUUGUACUUGUAGAUUUCACCCACAUCAGUAAUUAAAGCUCUUGAGCUUGAAAUCAAUUGUGAAAAGUGAAAGUGUUUAAUUAAAUAUUUAAUUGGAAUAUAUUCAUUAAUGAUUUAAAUCAUAAAUUUUCUACAACAAAAUCCAUCAGCUUAUACUUCAUUGUAUUGAAUAGAUGUACUUUAUGGGUAUGAUAGCUAAAAAAUUCUAUUUCAUCCUCCAGAUUUUCCAUCUUGUUUUAUUUCAAAUAUGUCUCUGUUUGCCAUCAAUCCUGUUAAUACAUUUUGUGCAUAUUUUCCGCCCAUACUGAAGAAAUGAAAUCCAAACUUUUAUUUUAUGUUAUUUCUAUUUUUUAUCAAAGUUAGUUAAUGUUAUUAUAGUUUAUAAUUUAUUCUUUGAGUAAUUUGUGUUUGCUCCGUAUUGAAGGUGUGUCAUCAACCUCCAGUGAUCAUACAGCCGGUGGUCUUUAGUAUCUGGAUGAGAGUGUUUAAUUAGUCCCCUACUGGUGAAAAUUAUCUGAAAUACUAAAAAGAUUAGGUGAAAAAAGUUAAUUAGUUAGAAAAUAGUAAAACACUUCACUUUACCAUAAUGGUCAAGCAAGCUGCAGCUCACUUUACCAGGAGGGAGCACUUACCAUAUAGGUAAAGUGAAUUGAGGCUCGUUUUACAAUGGGCUUCACUUUACCCAAUCUAAUAUUGAAAUUAGACUUGUCAUUUCAGCUCCUCUAAGAUACACUACGAUACAUUAAUUGCAAUGUAUUGCAGUGUAUGGAAGAGGAGGGAAACUACAAGUCUAAUUUUAAUAAGAUUGCACAUUACCAUACUAUGUACACCAGUGACUAUAUGUUUCCUCUCCCUCUGUCCUGUAAGUGUGUAGGUAACGCCAGAGUUUUGUCAGCACACUAGCAGUUUCAUUCCUUGAGGGAUUUUGAUCAAACUUCACACAAUGAUGAAAGACCAUAAUAUCUCAAACAAAUUUUAGUUUCAGGGUAUUUAGGUCAAGGUCACUGUUACUAUUUUUAGCAGGAGCCGGUAGGGGACAUGUAUUGCUUUAGCAAUACCAAUUAUGCUUGUUACAUUGUAUAGUUACCACAUAUUUAUAUAUUUAUUUAAUAUCAUAUGUUAUGUUUCAAUAUCAUUGUGAAUAUUUUAGCUUCCUAGUAAAUGAAUUUUGAAUUUUUUUAACUCUGAUGAAAAUUAAUGAAAUAUCGUUAAUCGGGUGAUUCCGGCACUUAUUGGUGUAAUUGACCAGGCCCGAUACUGCUAUAAGAUCAGGCUAUAACUAAAUAAUUAUAAGGGUCUUGAUAAUCUUAAGGUUAUGUUGUAGGUAUGCUGUACAUAGUGGGGGAAACCCAAGAUGAAAUAUUUUGUUCCUGUAUCUUUUUUAUUACAAUAGAUCUUCUAGAUAUACAUGUAAGUAUUACAGAAUGAUGAUAAUUUUCAGUGUAUAACUGAAUACAUACAACAUGUAGCAUAAUAUUUGUUUAUGAUAUUUCUCAGAGUGUGAUACAUAUUUUUUGUAUUUAUCCUGCAAUGAGCCCUUGUCUGGUAAUAAGCCCUUGUCAGGUAAUAAGCCCUUGUCUGGUAAUAAGCCCUUGUCAGGUAAUAAGUCCAUGUCUGGUAAUAAGCCCUUGUCUGGUAAUAAGCCCUUGUCAGGUAAUAAGCCCAUCCACAUCUAUUGUAGUUCAGGGCUAACGAUCCUCAUUUUGUAAAUAUAGUUACAUGUAUAUACCUAUAGAUGUUCCUGUUGAUCUCUUGAUAAUGAUGUUAUAUUUUAUUGUUUAUCUGCAAAUUAAAAAAAAAAAAAAUCCCUUCCUUAUAUAAAUAAAUUAACCACUUGAAUUCAUUCACAAUGUGGUAUCUGUCUUAGUCUGUCAAUAAUCAUUGCAUAUAACGUUUCCAUCGCCACUGAACAAAAUAUCUUAUAGAAAUUUCAAUAAAUGGCAUGUAUAUAUAUUAAAUAUAUAUUAAAUGGAAAAUCAGCUGACCAUGCACUUAUGUGUCAGCAACCCUUUCAAGGUCAGAUUUAAGAUUCCUGUUUACAGCAUGGAAUAACUGGCCAAUGUAAUAAAUGGUUAUGAAAUGUCUACAUAAGUUAUGUUUUACUUUAAAUUUUGAUUUUAAUAGAUUGCUCAUGGUGAACAAUACAAGCCCAUUAUACCUCUUGUAUCUCUAUUAAGGUAUAUAUACACAAAUAUAUUUUAUUCUUGUUUAGCAUUGUAUCUUACAACUCCUUAAUAUCACUAGUUAUAUUAGAUGUGAUAUGUCUUUUUUGUUCCCAUAUAUAAAUAUACCGUUAUAUACAUUGUAUAUGUAAAAUGUAUAUGUAUACAAAAUUAUAUAUUUUUUGCAGAAACGAUCGAAGUACCUAGUCCAUUUGACGUGUGUGUGUGUAUAUUUGUGUUGUCUGGAUAUAAAAAGCAACAUAUAAAAGUGCAAAUGUGCAUUUGUAUGUGGUUACGUGCUUGUGUGUGCGUAUUUUGUAAGAAAUAUAUAUAUAUAGUCCAGGUAUAUUUGUUUGUAUUGUAAUUAUGAAUGAAUAAUUAUAAUCCAGUGACAGUUUGUCACAUGUGUAAUUUUAUUAAACAUGUAUUAUUUUGUCACACAUGUGUAAUUUUGUCACAUGUGUAAUUUUGUCACACAUGUGUAAUUUUGUCACAUAUACAUGUGUAAUUCUGUCAAUCACAUGUGUAACUUUAAAACAUGGGCCAUUUUGUCACACAUGUGUAAUUUUUGCACUUAUGUAAUUCUGUCACCUGUAUAAUUUUUUAUAUAUGCAUCUUGUAUGUGUAAGUCACCAUACAGAUAAUGUGUUCAUGCAUACCUGUAAAUGUACCAGUCAACUUUUCAAAUUUUAAAUGGAGAGGAAAUGUGUGGUGCAAAUUAACAUUGUCUUCAAUAAAACAAUUAAAAAAAACUAUAUAUAGAAUGUAUAUUAUUAUAAUGCUCUAUUUGAUAAAAAGUGGUGCAAUAUAACUUAUUUGUACUGAUCCAGUUCUUUGAAAUGACAAAAAACUGUAAUUCAGUAUGGAUGUAGGGCUUUAAGAAUUAAAUAUUCUGUUUUGAAAUGUAACAAUUUGGACUGAAAAUGGUAAGAAUCUCCAACAUAGGGGUGCUUCAGAGGUGGUAUGAAUAGAUAAGAAAUUGUCUCUUUGACCAGAGAUCGUUCCAAAAUGUUUGGAAUAGUCUUUAGGUCUUUCCAUUGUCAGUCUUGUUACUAUUUCUUGGAAUUAAUGCUACUUAGAUUAGUACUUGUAGGCUCUCUCUCUUCGGUCUCUGGAUUAAGACUUAAAUCAGAAAAAGUGAACAUUUAAUUUGUAUGGCUCGGACAGGUGAUUUAACAUUUGCUUCUGACAUUCCUCUGCUUCAGCUAGCUAAAGCUCUCUGGCUAAUUUUUGGUUCUGAUGCCAACCAAAUAGAGCAAAGAUUUAAUAGAAUAUUGUGAGUGGAUGGGUAAGGAGUAAAUUGUCCAUAAGAUUUAGUGAGGUUGUGUGCAGAUGAAUUAAAAUGAGUACUUUAAUACGUGUAGUCCCAAUUAAGGAAUGAUCAGAAACAGUUCUGCUUUCAUGUAUAUGUAAGGAUGUUUGAAUGAUAAAUGAUAAAUGUCUAUGUAUAGGUGUUUGUAAGUAAAAUGAGUCCCCAAGAUUA